GUUGCAACCUUUUGCAUCCAUCAAUCGUGCAAGAUGCAUCCAAACUCUGCAGCCGCUUUUUUUUUGUUGCUGGGCAUGUCCUGGUGUUUUAGGUUGCAGAUUUCCGACGAGGAUGAUAGUGACGAGUUCACAAAACAGGAGCUGCAGUUUGCAGAGCGUUAUUUAAAAACUCAUUAUAAUCUCUGGUCAAGUCCCGCUGGCAUCUUGAAGUCAGGCGAUACAUUUUCCACCAAACUUCGAGAAAUGCAAUCGUUUUUGGGGCUAGAAGUCACCGGAAAGCUGAAUGAAGAAACCUAUGAGUUAAUGAAGCAGCCCCGAUGUGGUGUUCCUGAUGUGGGAGAGUACAACUUUUUCCCCCGAAAGCUAAAGUGGUCCCAUAAUAAUUUAACAUACAGGAUUUUAAAUUACACCCCGGAUCUGAAAAAGUCUGAAGUGGAGAGAGCCUUCAGAAAAGCAUUCAAAGUCUGGUCUGAUGUGACACCACUCAACUUCACCAGAAUUCGUACUGGCGUAGCAGAUAUCAUGAUUUCCUUUGGACGGAGAGAACAUGGUGAUUUCUAUCCUUUCGAUGGACCUUCUGGUCUCCUGGCUCAUGCUUUCCCUCCUGGACCAGGUUCUGGAGGAGAUGCUCAUUUUGAUGAGGAUGAACUGUGGUCAACAGAUUCCAAAGGAUAUAACUUGUUUCUGGUGGCUGCCCACGAAUUUGGCCAUGCUCUGGGACUUGAGCACUCCAGAGAUCCAGGAGCUCUGAUGUAUCCAAUCUACACAUACACGGGGAACACAGGCUUGUUGUUGCCAGAUGAUGAUGUACAAGGGAUCCAGACUCUUUAUGGUGCAGGAGAUCACGAUCCCCAUCCUGAUCAUCCAAAAACCCCUGAGAAAUGCAGUGAAAACCUAACACUUGAUGCUAUCACAGAAUUUCGAGGAGAAAUGAUGAUCUUCAAAGACAGGUUUUUUUGGCGCCUACAUCCUCAGAUGGUUGAAGCAGAUUUGGUGCAGAUUAGAUCAUUUUGGCCAGAAAUUCCAACCAAAAUUGAUGCAGCAUAUGAACACUCUGACAAAGAUCGUGUGCUGCUUUUUCGGGGCAGAAAAGUUUGGGCUUUGAAUGGUUAUGACAUAAUAGAGGGCUACCCUAAAAAAAUUUAUGAAUUGGGUUUGCCAAAAUUCAUAAAGACAAUAGACGCAGCUGUCCAUAUCGGCGAGACUGGGAAAACUCUCUUUUUUACAGGAGAAAAGUAUUGGAGUUAUGAUGAACAGAAUCAGAUCAUGGACAAAGGCUACCCUAGAUUUAUACAAGAUGACUUCCCAGGAAUUGGUCGCCGAGUAGAUGCAGUCUAUCAGAAAAAUGGCUAUUUAUAUUUCUUCAAUGGACCACUGCAGUUUGAAUUCAGCAUCUGGGAUGAAAGAAUUGUUCGUAUCUUGAGAACUAACUCAAUCUUUUGGUGCUGAAUAUAUUAAGCCAGGUUCUGAACUGUGGAAUAAUUUGCUACUCAUGAAAAAUAAUACUGUGUGUGGAUAUUUUUUUUUAACCUAAAAGCUUGAUUCUGUGAACAAGCUUAGAUAACGCUGUCACUGAUUUUAUAUUGUAUAUAUGGGACAUAUAGCUACGUAUCAGUCUGGAACUGAGUUAAAUUGAAAGGGUUUAGCUUUUCGUAAUGUAUAAACAUUUUGCAUGGAUUAACACUAUUUAAUAGUUGAAUAAAUAAAAACACCAUCUUCCUGUAAAGGGCUGACCAGAGAAAAGAAAACCCCUGGAAACCCCUAGUUGGCAGUAGGCAGUUCAAAUUGUUCAAAAAUAAAAUUAAAAAUGGGGGAGGGGGGGACAAAUAUCUGAAUUUCAGAAUCUUGUGAAGUUGAUUGUUUACAUCAAGGAUCAUUUGGGUGAUCUUGAAAAAACAAAUCAUGAUAAAGUUUGGCAGCAUCCUGAGAAUUUAAAUAGUUUUAUUUUAUUUUUUAAAAAAUGGUUUUUAAUUUAAAUUGAGUUUCUAGUGGUGUUAUGGAGGAGUAUCUCAGGUGAUGCUUGAUGACCUGAAGGUAAAUUAAUAAAUACAGGUAGUCCUUGAUUUAUGACCAUAAUUGAACCCAAUAUUCCUGUCACUAAGUGUGACAGUUGUUUAGUGAGUUGUGCCCCAUUUAAUGACCUUUCUUGCCAUAGUUGUUAAGUGAAUCACUGCAGUUGUUAAAUUAGUAACACGGUUAUUAAG